AUGCCUCGUCCGGUCCUCCCAGAUGUCGCCGUGAUCUGCGGCCUCGUACGCCUUGCGACUUAUUCGCUAAUGUGUAUACUCUCAUGGGCAGGCUACGACUGGCGAUCCACCUCCAUCCGCCACUCCUCCCCAGACACCGUUUCUCCGCUCUACCCCGACCGUCCUAUCAGGCCGCUCCCCAAGCGCCGCCUGCGCGCCCGCCUGUCGCCCGAGCAGGCCGAUUCCAUCACGUACCCGUCGCCGCCCGUGAGCUCGUCGCCGGUCUUUGAUUUCCCCUACACACAUCCGGACAAGGUGCAGAGCAUUUCGACACGCCAGCAGCGCGGGGAGAAGGAGCACAAGUGCUGCUGCGGCGCAGACCACUCGGAGCCCGAGAGCGAGGAGGACGACGACGAGCGGCUUGCGACGGGCGGCUUGGGCAGCGGCGUGUCGAACCCCCUCCCACCUGGAUCCGCGUCAUCGGCCGACGGCUACGAUUCUUUCGAGAACUCCAACAACAACAAGAAGCGAAAGAUACCGGUGUCGGGCAGCGCGGGACACCACGGCAACCUGACGGCCGAGAUGGCGAGCAUGGGCAUCUCGACGCAAGGCGGCGACGCUGCGCACGACGGAGAGAACAACGUGGGGCAAUAUUACGGAAGCGGCUCGUCGGCCAUGCCCGCGCCGGGCUCGGGCACGGGCAUCUCGGGAGCUGGCAGAGGACGGUAUGGCAGAUCAGCAGCGAGGUCCUCGAACGAACGACGGCCGUUGGGAGCUUCAACAUCUAGUCUCAACGCUUACGCUAACGGCGGCGCUGGCAGAGCAAGAACGAACGGUGCGCUGGCAAACGGAAAGGCGGCUAAUUACGACCACGGCAUCAUCUCUACUGCCAUUGCAAACGCAAACGCCGCCGGCCACUCGUCGCAGCAGCAGAGCAAGGGCAAGGAAAACGUCAGCCUGCUGCAGCAGGAAGCAGCCAAGACCACGCCGCAGAAGACGCAGUUCACCUUCACCUGCGGCUCGCUCAACCAGCCUGCUUGGCCCAGCGCAAACGGCACCUACCCUGCUGCUGACCCGCGCGCACCUCCACCUGCGCCAUCGUCUGCAGGUCCGCCUUCCGCAUCACGCAUACCUCUACCGACACAGGCCGCCAGGUCUACCCACGGCACACAAACAAGUCCGCAGAUGAACGGCACGCAGCACCCGUCGGUGCCCGGCCAGCAGGCGCCGCCACCGGCUCCCAAUGCCCAGCAAGGCACCCCACAACAGCAACCGAAGAAGCCGCGACGCAAACCCGAGAAGAUCUACGCGAUGGCUGCUCGUCGCCGUCGCCUCCAGCAGGAGUAUACAAACUACCAUCACCCGCCGGCGCGCGAUGACAUCUGGAUCUGCGAGUUUUGUGAAUACGAGGACAUCUUCGGUGAGCCUCCGCGAGCUUUGAUUCGCCAGUACGAGAUCAAGGACCGCAAGGAGCAGAAGCGUAUGGCGGAGAAGCGGCGUCUGUUGGAGAAGGCGAAAAUGAAAGGCCGCAAGGGAAAGAAGGCAGCCAAGGGCAGCGGCGCUCGGCAGGCCCAGCAGGCCCAACAUUCGCAGCAGCAGGCGCCGCAGCACGAGUACGAUCAGCAAGUCAACCCCGACGGAACCAUCGAUGGACAAGACGAGUACUUUGAGGACGAUUAUGACGAUAGCGUGGCUCCGCCCGACGUUGAUGCCGAUGUCGAUGCUGGGUAUGUACCUCCACCAGCGCUUUCUGAACCUCCGGAUAAUUCCGUGAUCUCCCAGGAUCAUGGCAAUGAGGCCACAACCGACGAACUCAGCGACGGAGGAGGUACCCGAGGAGAUGCCCGAGGAGAUACCGAUCCCGUGGCGUUGGGCAAGAGCGUUUGA